GCUUUGCCUCUUGCAGCCGCUCCCCUCUCGCUCCCGCUCCGCCGGACCUCCUCCCGGACCUCGUCGGCGCUUUGCCCCGCGAGGCGUCAGUCACCACAGCCCAUCACCGCCAAGCAGAUCGUGUACACUCGUCGUCUUUGUCGUUGUUUUGUUGUUGUCGUCGUCGUUGUCACCUGUCGCCCUUCGUCACCAUGACGGCCCCGCCUACGCCCGCGUGCGCACCGCUCUGGAAAUGAACCUGCCGAUAUUGUGAGUCGCAGCUGACUCCACCCCACUCCCAGCACAACGGGUAGCUGAAAAUGCUUUUGGGUCCUCCUAUAUAAAAUAUCAAAAAUCCGCUGAUAAUGGCUCUGGACUUCUUCGCUGGGUGCGUUGGAGGGUGUGCAGGUGUUUUGGUUGGUCAUCCUUUCGAUACCAUAAAGGUCCGACUGCAGACGCAGGACCCGGCCCGGCCGCGCUACGCCGGCACUCUGCACUGCCUCAGGACCAUGGUCGCGGAGGAGUCGGUGCGCGGGCUGUACAAGGGCGUCACGUCCCCGCUGGCCGGGGUGUCCCUGGUCAACGCGCUCGUCUUCGGCGUGUACGGCAACGUGCAGCGCCAGCUGGACGCGGCGUCGCCCGGCUCCUCCUCCUCCCUGGCCUGCCACGCGCUGGCCGGGGGCGCGGCGGGCGCCGUGCAGAGCGUCGCCUGCUCGCCCGUCGAGCUGGCCAAGACCCGCCUGCAGCUCCAGGCGGACGGCGCCGCCGUGCAGUACAAGGGCCCCGUCGACUGCCUCCAACAGAUGUUCCGAACGGAGGGGGUGCGCGGCGUCUACCGCGGCUUCUGGCCCACCCUGGCGCGCGAGGUGCCCGCCUUCUCGGUGUACUUCGCCUCCUACGAGUGGAUGACGCGCGGGGACGCGCAGGUGCCCACCUGGCGGCUGCUGCUGGCCGGCGGCCUGGCGGGCACCUUCUCCUGGGUGCUCACCUACCCCGUGGACGUGGUGAAGAGCCGCGUGCAGGCGGACGGCCUCCACGGCGCCCCCCGCUACCGCGGCGCGCUGCACUGCCUGAGCGCCAGCAUGGCCGCCGAGGGGCCCGGCUUUCUGUUCCGCGGCCUCAGCUCCACCAUCCUCAGGGCCUUCCCGACCAACGCGGCCACCUUCGCGGUCGUGGCGUGGACCAUGCGGCUGCUGCAGGACGCCGAGGACGUGGUCCAGGACGCGGUGCAGGACGUCGCCAUGGUCCCCGCCGCCGUGCUGGCCGAGUGUCACCACCAGCAUCCUGCCCUGCUGGACUGGAUUGCCCCGCACUACCCCCUGGAGUCCUGCGAGCUAUGACGGGCGAGGGGAGGGGAGGGGUUGCGCGGCGGAGGAGGGCGGUGGAGAGGAAGGGCGGGCGAGCGGGGCCGACACAGGCGCAGGUCGCUCCACCCUGCUGCGCACAGUUUUUACUCGGAACUGUCUUAUUGGGUUCAAAUCCCACAGGGUGCGUCGUUCGAGACGUCAGCGGUUCGCACCCGGGCCUCGCUUGUUACCGGACAGUACUAUUUCAACAGCUGCGUUCUAUUGCAGCAUUUCAGACGUAUUCUGAUUUAGAAAUUUUUAUUUUCUCUGUGCAGUUUAUGCGCUGCUUUCUGGUACCUGAUUCUUUUUCGAGCUCUUCAAACAAAUUUAUUUUUGGCCUCGAAAUGACUUCUCCACCGCUGUCUUCCCUCGGCACCUGCAGAAUAUACUCACUUCCCCUCUUUAAAUAAAAUACAAGGAGACCAUUGCUUGAGUAAGUUUGUGGGUCGAGUUAUUUAAGACUUAAUUUAUGUAACAAUGCACUUUUUGAAAAAAAGAGUGCUUCAGAUUCAUAAUUUAUCCGUGUUCUGCGUAUUUAAAAAAAAUAUUAUCUAUAUUGUAUGUACUUGUCAAGUUUGACCAUCGUUUGCUCUCUGAAGUGCGUCUGUGAAUAAAGCAUCUUUGUAAUCGGUUGCCACUUUCUA